AUGACAGACCUCAUAUCAGAUGUUUGUCUUUCAAAAGCAACAAGUUCCUUCGCUGCAAGGAUAUUACGUAUGUGGACUCUGCCUUCCUUUGACAAUCCAUCAGACAUAGGUACUAUAGACAUGGUAUUGAUGGAUCAUCAGAGUUCGAAAAUACAAGCAUCAAUAAAAGGCUCGGUUGUCAUUGAGAUCUUUAAUGUUAAACUCAUGGAAGGUGAGGUAUACCAGUUUAGUGGUUUAGCUGUUUCGGAUAUAAUCGGAUUGUUAUCUGGUCAACCUCGGCUCACUCAUUAUGGAAAGGGGAAGACGAAGAUUCUCAAUAUAGAUCUGUUAAUUGAUGGACAUAAAAUGGAGUGCGCAUUGUUUGGUGAAUACGCUGAUGAGUUUAACACAUUGCUUCAUAAUGACACUUCUCUCAGCCAAGUUGUCGUUAUUAAUAUGGCAAGAGUUAAAUUUUAUAAGGGUAAAAAUGCACUGCAAAACUCAAUGUAUGGAACAAAGAUAUUUUUCAACCCUGAUAUUCCUGAGGUCCUUGCUAUCAAGCAAAGCAUAAUGGUCAAUCAAAGUCUCACACCAUUCAACAAUCAACUCAAUGAUCCAAGCCAAUUGAAACCAGAAGAUGACUUCUUACGCCUGACGCCGAGGAUGGAUAUUGAGCAAAUGAAGGAGUGCAGAACGGCUUUUAUCCACUGUAAUGUGUUCUUUUAUUUUAAUUGUCAAGUUGGAGCAGGUUUCGUGGUCACUGCUGGUAGUGAUUACAAAGGCAAGGCUUUUAUCCACUGUAAUGUGUUCUUUUAUUUUAAUUGUCAAGUUGGAGCAGGUUUCGUGGUCACUGCUGGUAGUGAUUACAAAGGCAAGGAGGAUCAAGCAAAUUCUAAUACUUCCAAUUUGUAUUUCUAUCUUUGCAUUUUCAUUUUCUUACUACUCAGUUUGAAAAUGCCUUUACUUGGUGUUGAGGUUUUAUUUGUAUAA